CCAGAACCAUCGAAACCCAAAAUCAUUGUCCGAAUUCAAACACUUUGGAAACUUUUAAAGUUUGGUUUCACAUCUAAACACAGUCAAAUCACUUUUCAAACUAAAAGUCAAACUCUGGAGAAUAAACUAUUUCCCUCUUUAAUGGAAGUCUCUGCUUUCCCAUUCCCAUACCUACAAGACGACGAGUGUUCCCAUCUCCUUGGUCUAUUUCAGGACAUGGACUCUGCUCCUUCUGGUUUCGAAUUCGAAAAUGUUGGUAACGACAACACUAGGAAACGCCCAAGAAAGGAAGAAGAAGCUGUGAAUGGUAGUGAUAAGGCUGCAUCUGGAGAUAUACUGGCAUUGGACGAGGAAGCUAAACAGCAAGUGAAGACAAUGGAUGGUUACUACAACCAGUUGCAAGAACCCGAUGUUGCUCGUCCUAAACGACAACGUAAAGCAUCGGUUGAGGAAACCGCCUCCGCUGCUUCGGACAUCGCCAGCGGUUCCGGGUCUGGACCGAGUCACCACAGGAGGCUGUGGGUGAAGGAACGUACGACGGACUGGUGGGACCGAGUAAGCCGGCCGGACUUCCCGGAGGAGGAGUUCCGGCGAGAGUUUCGGAUGAGCAGACCGACGUUCGAUCUGAUAUGCGAGGAGCUGGACGCGACGGUGACGAAGAAAAACACGAUGCUCCGCGACGCGAUCCCAGCUCCCAAACGCGUCGCCGUCUGCGUUUGGCGUUUGGCAACAGGAGCUCCGCUUCGCCACGUGUCAGAACGCUUCGGGCUGGGGAUCUCCACGUGUCACAAGCUCGUCAUAGAGGUCUGCCGCGCGAUCUACGACGUCAUGAUGCCCAAGUAUCUCCUCUGGCCAUCGUCGGAUUCGGAGAUCCAAUCGACGAAAAGAAAAUUCGAAUCGAAUCACAAAAUCCCAAACGUCGUCGGAUCGAUCUACACCACUCAUAUCCCCAUCAUCGCUCCGAAAGUCCACGUGGCGGCUUAUUUCAACAAGAGGCACACGGAGAGAAACCAGAAGACGUCGUACUCGAUCACGGUCCAGGGGGUGGUCAACGCCGAGGGGAUCUUCACCGACGUCUGCAUCGGGAACCCGGGGUCCCUCACCGACGAUCAGAUCCUCGAUAAAUCCUCGCUUUCCAACCAACGCGCGGCGCGUGGGAUGCUACGCGACGGGUGGAUCGUCGGGAACGGUGGCUUCCCGUUGACGGACUGGCUUCUGGUGCCGUACGCGAGGCAGAAUCUGACGUGGACGCAGCACGGGUUCAACGAGAGCGUGGGCGGGAUUCAGAAGGUGGCGACGGAGGCGUUCGGGAGGUUGAAAGGGCGGUGGGCUUGUCUGCAGAAGAGGACGGAGGUUAAGCUGCAGGAUCUUCCGUACGUGCUGGGUGCUUGCUGCGUGUUGCAUAACAUUUGUGAGAUGAGGAAGGAGGAGAUGGUGGAGGGGGUGAAGUUCGAGGUGUUUGAUGAUGUGACUGUGCCUGAGGAUAAUAUACGAUCUGUGGCUGCGUCUAGCGCGAGGGAUCAAAUCUCUCAUAAUCUCUUGCAUCGUGGCCUCGCCGGGACAAGGACUCUGUAACUAAAAUGUGGACUCUGUUUUGUCUUGAUACUGAUUUUUAUUUUUUUUUGCAAAAUUCUUUUUCCAGAUUAGUUAAUACUUAGAAGAGAUUGGAUACAAAAAAAAAAAGCAUAGUUGAUUUGAGUGUAGUCAUUGGCUGGAUUUGUUUGUACUAUUAUAUUGGCAAUGUGUAAUCUUUAGUUCUCUAUACAAAUUGAAUUUAAAACCUUCGAAAGCA